AUGUCAAAGACGGAAACUCGGUGCGAGCGAGUCGACUCGGGAGGGAACUCAGUCCGCUGCGCUCCCGACCCACAACAGGACCAAGCCGCGACUCCGGAAAAGCCAGGGCCCAGCCGUCCUCGGAGGCGGGAGGCCGGCGGAGGGCAGCGCGACCUCUCACCAACCCAUAAACAGCCGGCGCCCACCGAACUUCGUGCCCGGCCCUCACGGUUUGCCCCCGCCGGGGACCCGCGUCCUCCGUUCGCCCCGCCGCCCGCACUUCCCGGGAGGCCCGGCCCUGCCCUGCCAGGCUCGUCCUCCGCCUCCCGCACGGCGCUCCCCGGACCCCCACACGGCCCCCCGCCACGCCCCUCGGGCCGCCCCGCGCGGAGGUCUCCGGGAGCGCGGCCCGCCCCGCCGGCGACACCCACCUUCCUAGCCUUCAGAGGCGCCGGGCAGCGCGCUGCAGGCCGAGCGCGUGCGUCUGCGGCGGCCUGCGUUCCUUCCUCACGCACACGCGCGCCCCGCCCCGCGCGGUCACAGCGGCCGAGCGUUCUGUCCACCAGCCCGCCGCCUGGCACCCCAAGCCCCCGCUUUCUCCACACACCUCCCCUCCCCAUUCAUUCGUGCUGGCCCCCCAAUGAGGAAAUAUCUUUCCGGCUCAGAGCGACGGGCGCGGCCGCCAGUCAGAAGCCGGGCCUAGCUCCAGGCCUGGCCAAUGAGACGCGGGGAGGUGGCAGGGGGCGGGGCGUGGGAGGCACAGGGGCGCGGGUGCAGAGGCCCACGUGGGAAUCCCGGGGAUCGGAGCGGCGGAUGCGGUGCGGCCUGGGCUGCUCACGGCCGGGUGCGGCUCUUCCGUAG